UGGGUGGGGGGUUACAGGGUAUCUGGCCUACCGGAUUUACCGGACUCCACCUGUCAGUGUUGCUGCUGCUUUUUACUCUGACUGUGCGCGUGCGCGCGCGGGGAGGGAUUAGCAGGGCUCGUGCUGUUGAACACAACAGCUACAUCACAGUCCGGCUGAAGGCUCGGAUUUUUCUUUCCAUUGUUCGGUUCUGUCUGCUCCUCCCGUCUCCCGGGUCGGAACAACCCGCUGUCCUGGUUCCGGUGGAUGGUUUCAUCCGCAGAGCCGAACCGGACCGAACCGAGCAGGAUGUCCAGACUGCCGCCGCCGCAGAGGAAGACCCCUGUCCGCAUGACGGAGACCAUGGUGGAGGUCAAGAGCAAAAGGGUGAACCUAUAGUUUACGGCACCAACUCACUACAAAGGCGCAGGAAGGGGCUGAGCCUAACUGGACUGCGCCCCACGGGUUCUGGCACCAUCAACUCAAAGAACAAAUCAAGCCUUUUGAUUGGCCCACCGCAGAACUUCAGGCAGAUCUCUUCCAUUAUUGAUGUGGACAUCUUACCUGAGACACACAGACGGGUGCGACUCCACAAGCAUGGCACCAAAAAACCUCUGGGCUUCUACAUUCGGGAUGGGGUGAGCGUCCGGGUGACACCCCAAGGUGUGGAGAAGGUUCCAGGAGUCUUCAUAUCUCGUCUGGUGCGUGGUGGGCUUGCAGAGAGCACAGGACUCCUGGCUGUCAAUGAUGAAAUUCUUGAGGUCAAUGGCAUUGAUGUAGCUGGAAAGUCUUUGGAUCAGGUGACAGACAUGAUGGUGGCCAACAGUCACAACCUGAUAGUGACAGUGAAGCCAGCAAACCAGAGGAACAACGUUGUUCAUCGAGGGAGUAAAAACUCCAUGGGGAACUCUGGUUCUGUGGACUCAGCUGGAUCUACUGGUUCUGUUCUGUCCCAUGAUUCUCCAAGCCCCGCAUCUCAGAGCAACCCAAUAACAGCAAGCAGCAUCGCUGAGGGCGACAGUGAGGAUGAUGAUGAUGAUGGGGACAUCAUUCUGGAGAACGAGUGCCUGACGGUAUACAAUCCCCAAACCGCCAAUAAAAGGGACAGUGUCAACCUUAACGGAGAGUUGUCUCGUGGCGGGACCCACCCUUCGAACAUGGGCAGACCCCUCCCACAGAGCGUGUCGCUGCCCGGCAGCAUCGGAGCGUCCCUGGGUUACAGCGCCCACGCCACGUCGGGUCACAACGGAAGUUUAACCCGCACAGCCAGCAGCAGCCAAGACAGCAUAAAAGAGGAUGGCACUGAACUAACACUGUGACGACUGUUAACAUGGAAACACUGACGGCGCCACGUCACUCGGUUACUGUGGAACAUCGCCUGCAAGGUGAUGUAAGCGCAACGACUACGGCGACAGUAAAUGUGACAAUUACUGCGACGAUGUGACUUAAACACGACAACUGCACACGAGACUCAGAAAGAUCACUU